GGUCAAACCGAUUGACUAUUGAGGACUACUUCUCACAGUCCAUACAAAGUUCAGCACAUACCCUUCAGCUAUGAGCUUCUCAUAUCGCCUGCCUAAAUUUGAACAGGCAGGAAAGUUUCAUGGCGAAAACCAAUCAGCUUCAAGAUGGCUCCAGAGAGUCAAGCUUGACAUCGCUUCUAGUAACUGUGGUACUAUUCCAAUUAAAGUUUACCUAUGGGCGAUAGAUGUUUUAUUGGAUGGACCUGCAGCAAAUUGGUGUGAUUCAGUCCCCGCAAUCAAGAACAUCUUGGAUAAUUACGACAUCGCAGAUGCGUCAGAGACAGAAUGGUUGGAGCGUGAGCUAAUUAAACGAUUUCCUGGGGAUGUCAUCAGUACUCCGGUUGCCCGUAUAGUUACCCGGCGCCGAUCGUAUAGCCUUGAAGUGAGAGCAGAUUCAGAUGUUACGGCAUUAAAACUAGAAGAGUUAUCCAUUGGAGGAAGACCCCGAAGUCGGAAUCAGGGAUCAGAAACAUAUCAAUCUUCUGAAGGAAAUCGCGGAUUUAGGUAUCAUGAUGAUCGAAACCCCAGACAUGAAACACGACAAGAAGCGAUGGGACAAAAUGUCAUCAACGAGUACCAGUUUUACAACAGACCCAGAGCUGCAUCGAGAACCCCAGAAUAUUCAAAUGAACCUCAGCGUCGCUCUUCAACUAAUAAUCAAACGCCACCAGCGCCCAAGAAUUACCACACUGAUCGGACCAAGAAGCCGAUAACUCUAAAGGGUAUCUUAAAGAAUAAAACAGACCACAAUCAAAAGCCAGUUACCCAAUCUCACGACGGUAAAGAACGCCCAAGAGACCGAUACUCUAGAAGCCCUUCUCCCUACCAAAACAAUAGAAACACUACCCAUCAUCGGAAUGCCGAGACUUCAGAAUCCCGUCAAUAUCUACCUACACAUCCACCAGGACCUGCAUAUCGUCCUUCAGAAUCGAGGCCAGUGUAUCAGAAUUCAACAACGUCGUAUCGAGAAAUUACCAUAGAAUCGACCAAGUCUCAGACACCACGCUGGUCCUAUAUACCAACUUCUGCCGCUAGAAUCAUCUCCUAUCCGCUCCCGAAUCCGACUCACUUUGAAGAUGGUCCAUUGCAAUAUCCUCGACGGGCAGAGCCGAGCUCAGGGACUUGGAGAACAUCCACUUCAGCCUUUGACCCACUCGAGCACCGUUUCCGCGAUUCAAGUCGAACUAGAAGAUAAGACUAUGUCUCCUAGAAGAGGCCCAGAGUGGCGAUAUAGUACUUCAUGCGAUUGCAGCAGUAUUUAUGUUAGAAGCUACUCAGACCGGGAAGUUCCUCAAUCUAUAUGACGAUUCUCGCAUAAAUUCCACCAUAUAAAGCUUGUGGCUAAAUCCUAUGCCAUGAAGAGAUUACUACGCAGAGCAGCACGCGGAUGAGAGUAAUGCAUGAAGAGAUGUCAUAAUUAAUAAGAAUCUUAGGCGAAGAAUACCAUUUUACAUUUGACAAGCGAUUGCAAGAUGUUGAAUAUUAAUGAUUCUGGUGCUGGGAAUUCGAAGAAGGUGGUGGAAUCCAGUGAUGAGAAGUAGUCUAAAGGAGAAACGCGAGCACUGAGCGAUUGGGGGGGAUUAUCUAUAGUGUAAUUAUGAUGAAAUGCAAGAAAUAACAUCGAAUCGCAAUGGGGAUCAGUCAUGGUAGCCA